AUGCAAAUCUUCGUAAAGACCCUCACUGGUAAGACCAUCACUCUUGAGGUUGAGUCCUCUGAUACUAUCGACAAUGUCAAGACCAAGAUUCAAGACAAGGAAGGUAUUCCUCCAGACCAACAAAGACUUAUUUUUGCUGGUAAGCAAUUAGAAGAUGGCAGAACCUUGUCUGAUUACAAUAUUCAAAAGGAAUCUACUCUUCACUUGGUUCUUCGUCUUCGUGGUGGUAUGCAAAUCUUCGUAAAGACCCUCACUGGUAAGACCAUUACUCUUGAAGUUGAGUCCUCUGAUACUAUUGAUAAUGUUAAGACCAAAAUUCAAGACAAGGAAGGUAUUCCUCCAGACCAACAAAGACUUAUUUUUGCUGGUAAGCAAUUAGAAGAUGGCAGAACCUUGUCUGAUUACAACAUUCAAAAGGAAUCCACUCUCCACUUGGUUCUUCGUCUUCGUGGUGGUAUGCAAAUCUUUGUCAAGACCUUGACUGGAAAGACCAUCACCCUCGAAGUCGAGUCCUCUGAUACUUAUCGACAACGUCAAGACUAA